GUAAACAAACGAGUAAAAACAGCAGCGGAAUUAUGUCGGAUAUAGCCUAUUCUCAUGAAUUUUCCUGCUCAAUCAGCAACAUAUCCCUUCGUUGCCAAUCACAAAGAAUUUAGCACAGCUUUUUUGCAUGAAAGCAAAUUAUGUAUUCAAAAAUCAUGUGGACUGGAAAAGUUGGAUAAAACAUCAGGAGUUCUUCAACAUAAUAUGGAAUCUUCGAAACUCUGCAGAUUGUGAUCUAUGGAAGUGAUUUAAUAUUCGUCAAGACCAACUUCGAAGAAGCUUUUUCAAGGAAAAAAGGAAGAUACGUUACGGACAAAGAGUUUUGAAAAUUCAGCGAUAAGAGAUGGCAAUCGUUUGCGACAACACGAACAAAUGUGCCAAAGCAGGGCUCAUUUUCUUCAACCUCAUCUUUUGGGCAUCUGGUGCGGCGCUGAUCCUGCUGGGGGCGUCGAUGCUGCUGGACCAGGGCCAGGCUGUGUUGCUGACGGCCGUGGCUGCUCCUGGGACGCCGCCCCUAUUGCUGGUGGCCUUCGGGCUGGUCGGUCUGGGCAGCGUGGUGCUGGUGGUGGGCAUCCUCGGCUGCUUCGCUGGGCUGGUUGAGCAGCUGAACAAGUGUCUGCUCGGCACCUACUUCACCUUCCUGUUCCUCGUGUUCGCGGCCGAGGUGUCUCUGGUGGUGGCUACUCUUUUCUUCCGCGAACAGACCAUCUCGGGCCUCGAGUCCCGCCUCCGCGACCGUCUGCACAACCAGUUCAACCGCACCGGACAUGAGCACUUCUCAGACGCCUUCAGCUUUGCUCAGUACAAGUUUGAAUGUUGCGGAUCGACCAAGGUGCAGGACUUUGAGCUGUGGGCCAAGAUGCAGCAGCCGCCCAACGGCCAGGAUGGACCCCGCGUGCCGACCAGCUGCUGCAUGGUGCAGAAGACGAGCACCCCCGACGCCAGCAUGCACGGAAUGCUGAUGGGCAUGGACAUUGACGAGUGGCGCACCGCCAGACCCGUCAGGGCCGAACUUUGUCAGAGUCAGGGCGUCAGCGAGGCUCGCCAUGAACGGGGAUGUCUGCAGCCGCUUGAAGAUUGGUUCAAGGACAAGUCGCUCAUCGUCUUGGCGGUCGCUCUUGCGGCCAGUCUCCUCCAAAUUCUGGGCAUGGCUUACACAGCAUGCCUGUGCAAGGUAGCGGGAAAGUAAAGAGGUCGCCGUGCCGCAGAAGUUGAAGAUUUGACUUCGGAUACUUUCUCUCUACAUGUUCAAGAAGUGGAACCAGUCCUAUAAUAAUUUUAAUGUGCACCUCUCUUGAUGACCCCUCUUGUCCUUUUAAGCAGUUGUUUCAGCCUUUCUGGGAUUUGAUUAGGUCAAUGUAUACUUAAGCUCAAUUAUUCUCAUGCGCCAAAUUCUUCCUGCAGAUUGAUUUAAAAAAGGAAGUCUGCCCGUCUCUCAGCCAAAUGCUUUAGGUUUGCUCAUGAGUUUUCAAAGUAAUUUUUACAAACCAACACGCGCGCAUUCCCGCCGCAAAAGUUCAAGUAUAAUAUUAAAUACGGCCAAAGGCCCACCGAUUUACUACAUAUUUACACACAUACCAUAAUUAUAAUUCCUUUUACGAAUCUCAUAUAUAAUCUAUAUGAUUAUAAAUUUUAUUGCUCUUUGUAACAAAUUUUAACAGUAUUUUUAAUAGUUGGUAAGCAGCAUCUAUGGAAAGUAUAGCGUCUAUAGUAAAACUAAAAAAAAUACCAUGUAAUAAAUAAUAUGUCCUGUAGCUUUAAAAAAACACCCCUACGAAACGCAUUUAAAUUGAAGAAAUCAAAUGAGGUCUCGCUCUCAAUAUAUAUGCCAAUGACUCGCGUAAAUAUUAAUGAGAGCAGCCAUUUCAACAUUGACACCAGGCACAAAUAUGUAUAUAACAUUAAGACUCACACAAAACCUCUCCCAUUGGAAUUAAAAAGAGCAAAGCCAAAGCAGACGGUGAAUGAACUGCCAGAAGGCUGAACCAACCCCAUCAGUCGUUCGUAUUUAUAUAUAAUUGUAACGUGUACCAUCCCCCCCGUCAGACGAGAAAAAAAACAAAAUAAUUCGGUUCUCCGUCAGCUGCAGCAAUGCAUGUACGUGUAUAUGAUUCUAGUCGUUCUCCGUAGCGCAGAAACAAUAAUUACAGAGAUGGAAUUGUUGGGUGUUGGUACAGAAUGUUAAGGAGUAGCAAUAAAAAUUGCAGGAGCGAAUUUACUAUUAGACCCAA